ACACAGGGGCAUGGGCGGGUCAGCCCCCAGAGGUCCAUAAACCCUUAAAACUCAGCUGUCCCUCCCCAACAAUCCGUCCCCCGUGCGAACGGAGGAGUACCCCUCCGGCGAGCACUGCUCUCUGUAGCUCCACCUCUCUCGCCUCGUAUCUAUGCAAAAUCACAACAUUAUUUAUCGAUUCUUCUAGCAGUGGGAUUGACGUAAGAUGAAGGAAGCAGACCCAGGUCCUCCGACCAGGGAGCUCUACGCUCUACUCCACGUCUCUCCCGAAGCCUCUGACGAAGAAAUCAGAAAAGCUUAUCGUCAAUGGGCCCAAGUUUAUCACCCGGACAAGUAUCAAGCUCCUCAGAUGAAGGAUAUCGCUACGGAGAACUUUCAGAGGAUAUGUGAAGCAUAUGAAAUUUUAACUGAUGAGCAUAAAAGGCAAAUAUAUGAUAUAUAUGGAAUGGAAGGUUUGACUUCAGGGUUGGAGCUUGGUCCAAAGCUGAAUAAAGUAGAUGAGAUUAAGCAGGAAUUUGAAAGGUUACAGCGUAGGAAGCAACAAGAGAAGGUCUUGGCCCAUGUCCGUCCUUCUGGCACAAUCCUUGCCAAUCUAUCUUUGCCACAGUUUCUAGAUGGUGAUGGCAUAAUGACAGGCAUGGCUAUGUCAAGUGAAGUUCAGUCUCAAAUAUCAAAACGGAAUGCCAUUUCUAUUGGUGGAAAUCUGGCUGUGACGGGAAAUUCUGGUGGUGGAGCUGCAACUGCUGUUUUUAGGCAUCAAACUUCUUCGGUUUCUUCAAUUGAAUUUAUGGCAUCAGCUGGUUUACGGGCACUUAUUGGGGUACAGACAUCUCGCCACUUAUCACGGCAUUCAACGGCAACAAUUGGUCUUGCAAUGUCACUGAAGGAUGGUUCAAUCAAUCUUUCAAAUGCAUGGACUCGCCAACUGUCUGAGACAUCAAAUGGAAAUAUACAACUUACUUUCGGUCUGGAGUCAUCUGUUUCUGUUGGAUGGCAAAAGAAAGAUGAGAAAGUGUCUGCUGCUGGAGAGCUGAAGUUUGGCACAAGUUCUUUUGGGGCGUCAGCUCAUUAUACUCGUCGCCUCUCCUCAAAAUCUCAUGGCCGAAUUGCAGGCAGAGUUGGAAGCACUGCUCUUGAGAUCGAAGUUGGGGGUGGAAGGAAAAUAUCUGAUUUUAGUACCGUCCGCAUGUUAUAUUCAAUAGGAAUUCAGGGUGUUUCCUGGAGACUUGAACUUCAUCGCGGGGGCCAAAAGUUGAUCAUCCCGAUUUUGGUUUCUAACAAUUUGAAUGCCAUGUUUGCAACUGGUGCAUUUGCUAUUCCAACGUCACUUUACUUUUUGCUCAAGACAUUCAUCCUCAAACCUUAUUACCUUAGACGGGAAAACCAGAAGGCAUUAGAAAAUAGCGAAAAAACAUCUGCUCAGGUUCAAGAGGCAAGGGCAGCUGCUGACAAAGCUCAACAGUUGCUGGAAAAUGUUGCCACUAGGAAAAGAAAUAAGCAACUAGAAAAAGGUGGUUUGGUAAUCACAAAAGCAGUAUAUGGAAAUCGUAGAGCUUUUAAGAGAAGAGAUGAAACAAAAGUGCUAAGUGAUGAAAUAGCUUCACAAGUCAUGGAUGUUACUCUACCUCUAAAUUUCCUGGUUAAUGAUUCUGGACAUCUCAAGCUUCACGAGGGUGUAAGGAAAUCUGGCAUUAUGGGCUUCUGUGAUCCCUGUCCAGGAGAGCCUAAACAAUUGCAUGUGGAGUACACUAACAGGGGAGAGAGAUAUGAGGUGGUGGUUGAUGAUUAUGAGGAGUUGGUCAUACCUCAGGAAGCGCACAGAAUCUAAAUUCCAUCUGCGAAGCUUAAAUUAUUAGGUCCAGUUGCCUAUUGCAAUUUUGCAUGUUGUACCGUGCCUUUGGCCUACCUAAGAAUUUUACCAUGCCAUUUUUUAUUUUUUUUUUGGAUCAGUAAAGGGUAAAUUAUAUUGAUCAAAUGGAUAUUUACAAUAUGUAAUCUUGUCUUGGAAUGUUGUGCCUAUUUAGGGCAUUGAGAGACUAUUCAUGUUUUUGGGUGCAAGUGAUUGAUCCCUUUUGGCCAA